AUGGAGUACGUCUCGUCGGCGGGCAACAUCUCGCAGGAGGAGUUCCUGGCGAUAGCCGGCUCGAACGGGUCGUACGGUGGGGAGGUCGGUGGUGGCUCGCUGGCGCUCGGCGGCACCAUUGUCGCCAUGUUGAACGAAACCCUCGGCUCGGCGGCAGCGUCGGCGGCGGGGACGGAGAGUGGGGCGGGCAACGGCGGGAAUCUUACGCUCGUGCAAGGCGCCUACCCGAGCGGCUACACGCUGCCGCACAUCAUCAUCGCCUCCAUCAUCGUCACCAUCCUGAUGAUCAUCAUCGUCGUCGGUAACAUGCUGGUGAUUAUCGCGAUCGCGACCGAGAAGACGCUCAAGAACAUCCAGAACUGGUUCAUCGCCUCGCUGGCGGUGGCCGACUUCUUUCUCGGUCUCGUCAUCAUGCCGUUCUCGCUCGCGAACGAGCUGAUGGGCUACUGGAUCUUCGGCAGCUGGUGGUGCGACGUGCACUCGGCGAUGGACGUGCUGCUCUGCACCUCCUCCAUCAUGAACCUGUGCCUGAUCUCGCUCGAUCGCUACUGGAGCAUCACCAAGGCGAUCGAGUAUCUCAAGUCGCGGACGCCGGCCCGGGCCGCGUUCAUGAUAGCCGCCGUCUGGAUCAUGUCCGCGCUCGUCUGCAUCCCGCCGCUGCUCGGCUGGAAGGCGAAGCGACCCGAGGGCGAUCUGCCGCAGUGUCAGGUACGUACAUCAAUGCUAGAACUAAACAUUCCAAACGCCAACAAUAGCUCUAUACAUUCGAUGUAUCGGGACUCCUGA